CUCUCUCUCUCUCUCUCUCUCUCUCUCGUUCCCUCCUCCAGCAACAGGUUUGCUUUCUCCGUCCAGUGUCCGGGCGCACAGUAAACUUACUCAAAGAAAUUCAAACAGAGCUCAAUCUUCUGCAGAUAUGCUCCGAAUAAUCCGUGAUCACGCGAGGAAGCACCCCGGACUCAUUCCACAGUUUUUCUUCAUAUGUCUCGGGAUGGGAGGAGCCACACUGUAUCUGAUACGUCUAGCCAGGGGACCCCAUGUUACCUGGAACAAGACCAGCAACCCUGAGCCCUGGAAUCAGCUUAGCCCAACUUAUCAGUACAAGUUUGUGGCUGUCAACACAGACUACAAGACCCUAAAGAAGGAGGGGCCUGACUUCUAAAACUCCAAAUAUGCUGGUAUUCUUAAUUUCUGGUACAACUGUGCGUGCCUCACUGAUUUACAGUUAAGCUUGAAACAAAGCUUAACGUAGCAGUGGAGAACAUUUACUUCUAAUCUGUGUACCUAAUGUGAAAGAGUUAGUGUUUGAUCCUGCUGGGGUGGGUGAAUGGACUGCUACUGGAUACAGUUUGGAUUGAUUGCUGUGCAUUAUGAUUUGCUAGGACUGAUGGUGGAACUAAUGAAUGAUGAGUGGUUAGUUUUAGACACCUGUAAGAGGACAAUGCUUAUAUUUUGGUCAACAAUUAUAUGUUUUCCUUGCCAAAUAAUAACUGCAGGUAAACAUUUGAAAGGUUUUUAGGUCAAUCUAAGGAUGAACAUUGUCUUUAUAAAGCAGAAUAAGGAGGAUAUCUGCUUCCAAAAGAUGUGAAACCAAAGCUGCAUUAUGUAAGAGCCUGAAAUAAUAAUUUUAAGGUCAGGGAUGUCGGGUUAAAUUUCACAGGAGUUUUUCGGACCACAUGAUAUGUCUUUACAUAUUGACAUCACACGCACAUGCUCGAAAAGAAUGUUUAGGUCUAAAUGCGAAAUCAACACUAUACUGAUGAGUAUAUCAUUCAGACACGUCACCAAGUUUUGACCAAAUUCUCUUUGAAUACUCUUUCAAAACGCUUGCAAUCAUCAGAUUCACCUGCUCAGGGAAGGGGACCGAAGCACAACUGAUUUCGCAAAAUGUUCUGUGAGUUGCGUGCAGUUAACACAUUUCCAUCAGAGAGGUCAAGUCAAAUCCCGAAAUCUUACACAGCACAGCUUUAAUGUUUCUCCAAAACUGUCCAGUUUUUUAGUGACGUAAUAUUUAGAUUUGUGUAGCCAUAUGGCCAUGACUCAAAAUCCUUAUCUUAACCAUUAAUCAGUGAUUAAGAUAAGCACAUAUGAGAGCAGGUUCUGCACAGAAUCAACAAGGCAUAACUCUCCUACUUACUGACAAGCUCUGUUCUCUUCAGAGAGCUGUUGAAGCAUCUUUUUGUGCACAGAACGGAAGUGCAGUUCCCUUUGCUGGCAGUAAAGAUGUCUGAGGAGAAAGUCUGUUAACAGAAUAUUUUAUUUGCUCUAUUUAGAUAUUUGCUAUGAACAAAAUGUCAAACAAACGGAAGACAAGACUAUUUUCCAAAAUGUCUUGUUUAAGGGUAGAUGAAUAGGUGUGUGAUGCUGAAUCUUAAUCAUACUUCAUAAAAUUGUACUUGCAGUGAUUUCUGCAAGGACAGAACAGAUUGUUUUACUAGAUGGUCCACUUUCAUAAACAUAGCCAUGUGAACAGGCUAUUUAAAUACAAUGAUAAUAUCUCACUGAUGAGCUGAAAGUACUUCUGGUUAGAGAGAGGAACUGCUGUGCUAUUCAUGCACCAAGGGGGAUCGAACACUAACCAUUUGGAACGAUAUACAAGUUGUUACCAACAUGGAGAGUAGAUUAAGUGACUUUUUUUAUUUUGUCUAAGUGUUGAAAAUAUUAAACAAGUAUAUUGAGAUAUUGUACAUUCUCCUUUUUUACUGUUUCUCUCUGGGUUUACCAUGCAUGUGUAUGCGCAAAUUUUAUCUGCUGUCUUCUGUCUCUUGUUGUGGAUGUGAUAAGGUUUGUCACUCCACCCUAAUAAAGUGUAAAGUGCAUAUA